AUGACCAUCCCUCUGUCAACAAUCUCCACCUUCCGCACAACUUUCAACCCUUUCCUUCGCUCCGCCCGCCCCUGCAGACUCAUCCUCUCUCUCCUCCGCAAUCCCACGACCACGCCGGCCUCCAGCCCCGGCCACAUCGACAUCAAGGUCACUCAGCUGCCGCGGUCGUCGACGCAAGAGCCCGAGUUGACGAUAGGGUUCAAGAAUGGCAAGGAGUUGAAGAUUGAGGUUGGAAAGCGCCAGAUGAAGAUUGGGGAUGUGGUUGAGGAGAUUGCUCGUGUUGGGAGAGCUAUUGAGCGUGAGGAGGCGCUGAAGUCUUAG